AUGGAGAAUGGAGAAUGUGUGAGAUUCUGGAUAGAUAAUUGGAGUCCUUUUGGGAUGUUGCAGGAGUACUUAGCUGGUGGGAAUUCUCGAUUAGGAAUCCCAAAGACAGCAACACUGGCCUCACUUCAUUGUAAUGGCGUCUGGCAGCUUCCCCAAGCGCGUACAGAUGCCCAACUUCAAGUUCUCUCCUUUAUCACUACAAUCGAAUUCACCGAUGUGCCUGAUUAUUAUGAUUGGGAAAUCGAUGGGAAGAUAAGUGAUAAGUACAGAACUGGUGAGAUGUAUCACUACCUCAGAGGAAGGAUAGAAGAAGUGAGAUGGGCUCAAGUUGUCUGGCCAAAACGGAGAAUCCCGCGACACAGCUUCCACACGUGGAUGAUAGUACAAAAUCGACUACCCACGAGAGAUAGAAUGAUCGGAUGGGGAUUGCAGGUGUCUCAUACCUGUCUCCUAUGCAACACAGCGGCAGAAUCAAGGGAUCAUCUAUUCUGGGAAUGCAACUUCACCUUUCAACUAUUGACUAUGAUCGCUGGGAGAUGUAGGAUCAGACCGUCUCGAAAUUGGGAAUGCUCGCUGGCACAAAUGAUCUCCUUGGCCACUCCAAACCCGGCUACUUCUCUGUCACUCCUUGCGUGGCAAGCGGCGCUCUAUUGGACCUGGAAUGAAAGAAAUCAGAGACUGCAUGCUAACCAAUUUAGAUCGAUUGACUCUCUUUUCUCAAUCGUUGAUCACCAGCUCAGGAAUAAAAUCCAGAGUUACAGGGAAACUAACCCCAAGAUCUCCUCAGCCAUGAUGCAGUUAUGGGUCCGCUAG